UUCCAUUCAGUCUGGGUCGAGCCGUCGUCGAAGGCUGACCGUCAACCUUUCGCUCUGCGAUACCCUUCGGCCGCUUGGGUGGAAAAGAUCCCUAAAGACUGUGCUAUGAUUUUGAAAAUUUUACAAUCUGUUGAAAUUAAAUAUUUCCCGAACACCGUCUGCUUGAUUUGAGGGAUUCAUCGAGGGAAAACUUUGGUAUUAUUUUUUUUCCCACGAUGAUUUUUCGAUUUUAUUUUGUGCGUAUCAUUGAAACAAUAGCGUGAUUAAUCCAUUCAAAAGAUAACCCUGACAAACCAAUUAAAGCGUUGUAGUGACAACAGAAUGAAAUAACGGAGAACAAUGGACUAAUUGUCGGUCAUCUCUGCUUAUUCACAACGUCCAUUCCACUUUUAAACUGGUAAGACCAAAUAAUGGCAAGAAUGAAGAGGAUCGAGACGGAAGAGAACUGACUUAGUUCUGCCAUCGAGGAGACGUAAAAGAAAACGGCAAUCCUGAAGAAAACGGUAAUCCUGAAGAAAACGGCAAUCCUGAAGAAAACGGCAAUCCUGAAGAAAACGGUAAUCCUGAAGAAAACGGUAAUCCUGAAGAAAACGGUAAUCCUGAAGAAAACGGUAAUCCUGAAGAAAACGGUAAUUCUGAACUGCAGGGACGAUAUCUUUCAAAUCUGCGAAAAACCACUAUGAGCGCCGUAGAGCUGACCGAACUGUUACCCAAGGAAAGCCAAAAAUCUACUUCGAGUCGCCUCAAAACACCAGCAGUUCCGCUCAGUGCCGUGGAGGAGCUUGUGGAAACCGUUGUCGUACUGCGGAAGGAACCGAAGACACACGAAUUGGGCAUAUCAGUGGUUGGUGGCUGCGAUACGUAUUUGGGAUGCGUUGUGAUCGAGCGAGUUGCCGAGGGCGGCCCCGCCUGGGUGGACGGGAGGCUCAAGCGAGGUGACAUCAUCCUACAAGUCAACGACACGCCCUUGGUGCAGGUAACGAAUGAGGAGGCAGUCGUGGCACUGAGGGGGAGUACCUCUCCCGUCAGACUUCUCGUCUUGAGAGAAGACCCAGAGAAACUCUUCACUUCUCAACAAGAGCCGACCAAAUUCCUGACUGUGGAACUGCGGAAAUCAGCCAUCACUGAAAGACUUGGUCUAAGCCUCAUGGAGAGAAGCGACGGCAAUGGAAUAUUCGUAACGUUAGUGGAACCAGGCGGCUUAGCUGCCAGGUACGGUCGCAUCAUGCAGGGAGACAAACUCUUGGAGGUUAAUGGCGCUCCUACUGCGUAUCUCAGCCUGGCUCACGUCGCAAAUCAGCUGAGGAGCAUGGAAGGAAGCGUGGUUCUGCUACUCGGCCGAAUUCCCUCACUUGCUCAAACCAUCCACGAAUGGGCCAGAACCGAAAGCAGGACGAAUAUCCCGGCGCGUCUAAGGAUCCACACAUGGUCCCAUUCGAGAUCUGUCAAGUACGAGCUCCAGCCAUUUUACAUCGAGGACGACCUCCGGUGUACCGUAGGAGGGAGCGGUGGAGGCACUGGUGAAAAAGGUGGAGGAAUAGGAGGCGUUGGUGGAGGAGGAGAGGGGAGGAGGAGGAGCCACAGCCGUCGUUGUCAGAAGAGUCCGCGCCAACACACAUCAUAACCAUAUCAAGUCACGGGCAGCCUCGACCACCUCCUCCAGCCCUCCUUCCUCCUCCUACUACAUAACCUCGUCCUCGACCACCACCACCUCCACCUCCUCCUCCUCCUACACCAAGAUCCCCCGCCCUCCGAGCAG